UUCUGUCUGUCUUUAUUCUUUUUAUUUUUAGUUUUCAUUUCAUUUGAUUCCCAUGUAAAGUUGUGUUUGAUUUUGUUUUCGUUUUUUUGCAAUUGGCUUGCAGUGAAAUAUUAAAAGAAAAUAGGCCCAGCUGUGCUAAAUUCCAUAAAUGUUAUGCAAUUGCAAACAUAAGUGCCUUUCGAGGGAAUACAACGAAUGAAUUAUGGGAUUUCUGGUAUGAGAUCGCGAUCAACAGCAGCAGCAACAUAUAAUUGAACUUUGUCGACAUGCACCACUAUUUAUCCAUCAAUUGAAGCAACAACACCACACACACACAUUCACCCAACAAGGAACAACAACAACAGGUCGAGAAAGAAAACAAAAGGUCGCCUCUAUUGAAAAAUGCGUGCAUUUCGCAGCAAAAAAGUCUUCCCCGUCAAGGUAAUAACAUUCGACUCGGAAUUGGAGUUUGAAUUGGAAAAGAAUUCCAGUGGCCAGGAUUUGUUUGAUCUUGUUUGCCGGACAAUCGGUUUGCGUGAGUAUUGGUACUUUGGUUUGCAGUACAUAGAUACCCGCGACAAUGUGACCUGGUUGAAAAUGGAAAAGAAGGUGAAGGAUCAACGCAUAAAACUGCAACCCAACGGUUUUUACGUUUUCAGUUUUUAUGCCAAAUAUUUUCCGGAAAAUGUCAGCGAGGAGUUGAUCCAGGAAAUAACACAACAUUUAUUCUUUUUACAAGUGAAACAAAGUAUUUUGUCCAUGGACAUUUAUUGUAGGCCAGAGGCUUCAGUGCUUCUGGCCUCCUAUGCAGUGCACGUACAAUAUGGUCCCUAUGAUGCCGAAACAUAUCAAGAUGGCAAAUUGCAGGGUAUGGAUUUGCUGCCAAAGGGUGUGACUGAUCAGUAUCAAAUGACACCAAAAAUGUGGGAGGAACGUAUUAAGACAUGGUAUAUGGACCACGAACCAAUGACACGCGAUGAAGUUGAAAUGGAAUAUUUGAAAAUUGCCCAAGAUCUUGAUAUGUAUGGUGUUAAUUAUUUUCCUAUUACGAAUAAGAACAAAACAAAACUGUGGCUUGGCGUAACGGCUGUCGGUUUGAAUAUCUAUGAUUAUCAUAAUAAGUUAACACCAAAAACCACAUUUCAGUGGAAUGAAAUACGUCACGUUAGUUUUGAUGAUAAAAAAUUCACCAUACGUCUGGUCGAUGCUAAAGUCUCCAGUUUUAUCUUCUACUCACAGGAUUUACACAUAAAUAAGAUGAUAUUAGACCUCUGUAAAGGCAAUCAUGAUCUGUACAUGAGACGUCGUAAACCCGAUACCAUGGAAAUUCAACAAAUGAAAGCUCAGGCUAAAGAAGAAAAACAACGGCGUCAAAUGGAACGCAAAAAAUUCCUGCGUGAAAAGAAAUUGCGUGAACGUGCCGAACAGGAACGUUAUAUGUUGGAGGCCCAGCUGGAGCGGUUACAAGAAGAAAUGCGUUGUGCCAGUGAUGCCUUACGCCGCUCCGAAGAAACAAAAGAGUUGUAUUUCGAAAAGAGUCGUGUCAACGAAGAACAAAUGCAACUGACCGAAUGUAAGGCCAAUCAUUUCAAAAGCGAAAUGGAUCGUCUGAGGGAACGGCAAAUGAAAAUCGAAAGAGAAAAAAUGGACUUGGAAAAGAAAAUACGGGAAGCUGAUUUCUUUGUGCAUCAGCUGACCAUGGAAAAGGAUAAGCGAGAAGCUGAAGCCGAGAAACUGCGCAAAGAACUCAUAUGUGCCAAAUUAGCUGAGAGAGAGGCCACAGCACGUCUGCUGAAUUUCCUCAAUCGUGGUCGUAAAAACUCUCAGGACAGAAUGCUGCCACCGACAAUUACCAUUAACUCCUCGUCUAGUUCUUCCAAUAACAUAACCGCCUCGGUUAGCACGCCAUCGCUGACAAACAGCAACUCAACUGCCGACAUUAACGAAUCUUCCACCGCUGCUGUUGAAUUGACAACCAAUGAUCUGAAUGAUCACCACAACCAUCUCCACCACCAUAAUCAUCAUCAGCAGCAGCUGCAUCAUCCACAGCUAGAGGAUCAAAGUGAUCAACAUGAAGAUUCAGAAAAUGAAUUCGAAACAAAGGAAUAUUUAACCGACAGCGAAAUGGAACAGAUCACCAAUGAAAUUGAACGCAGUCGUCUCGAGUAUUUGAAGAAACACAAACAGGUGCAAAAUCAAUUACAAACUCUGCGCUCAGAGAUUGAACUAUUGAAAAUCGAAGAGAAUCAAACCAAUUUGGAUAUUUUAAGUGAGGCCCAGCUAAAAGCGGGCGAAACGAAAUAUUCAACGUUGAAAAAACUAAAAUCUGGCUCGACCAAAGCACGUGUGGCCUUCUUUGAGGAGCUGUAAACAAUUGCGGGGAGUGGUUGUUAAAACUAAAAUGUGAUUUUAAAUCAUUAUAUUUUUUUUAAUUUUUAAUUUACAACAAAAAUAUAGUUAUACGAAAGGAGCUGGUGCUCUUGGCCAAUCAUGAAAUGUAGCGCAUACACACACACUCACUCACUCACUGAACAUACUAUUUUUACAAAACAUACAUAUAAUUAUACUAUAUGCACACAUCGAGAACAACAACAACAACAAAAUGUAUACCAUAGAUUAAGUUUUAAACGAUGAUAAGAAAAAAGCAUCACAAUCAAAACAAAAAUUAAAGAAAAAAACAAAAACAACAAUGUUUUAUUAUGAAUUUACCGAUCAUUUUUCUCACAUAGAAAAUAUGAAGUAUUA